AUGAGUUUGUUCACAAAGCGCAAGGGACGGCGGAUAUCGACAUUUGACGAUGUGGACGAGCCGCAGGGGGGUGGUGCGCCAGCCGGCGAUGACCAAUCCGCCGAACCCAUCGUCCAGCCGAUUCGUUUCGGCAAGCGACCUCUGAAACAGUCUGCACUGCGCCGCAGCAUCAACAUUGCCGACUCCGAAGUUGGCCUCGGUGAACCCGGCGGCAGCGGCGACGACGAGACCAGCGGACCGACGACUGCCGACGAAGACGCGGCAAAGCCACCGGCAAGUGGAACCGACGUUGGAAACAACAACAAUGACGACGACGACGGCCCGGUAGUGGUCCGGCCUGCUCUCAGUCGGACUGGCUCGCGAAAGAACCGGAAACGACUCUCGACAGCUUCUACCUCGUCUCGACUGUCCUUUGGCGGCAUAGGAAUGAGCGGUGGAGGCGAUGACGACGACGAUGACGACGACAGCGGACCGGCCGUUGUCACGCCAAACAAGCGAGGCGCCGCCGGCACCGGCACGCCGUCACUGACCCAGCGGGUGCUCGAGACCAAUGCCUUUCGCAAGUCGCUCUCGGCCCGCUUGCCGACACGGCACCGCACCGACGACAGCGACGACGAUGAGAAGUCGAGUCGGCCAGAUGCAGGCGACGACGACGACGGCCGCCCGCGCUACAGCCAGGCCUACCUCGAUGAGCUGCAGAGCUCCACGCCCAACACCCCACAAAACCUGGCGGCGCAGCGGAAUCGCCUUGGCGAGGGUGGGGACAACGACGAGGGCGACGUCAUGGACCUUGAUCCGUCUGAACUCGACGGCGCCAUGGUCGUUGACGCGUCUGAGCUGGGACGACACGGCCUGUCUCCGGCGUCGUCGUCGGCCGUCGCCAGCAUGGCGCCUCCGCCGCCCGUCGCGACCAUGCUGACGGCCACGGAAAUCCAGGAGCGCAAAGACCGCCGCGCGCGCCGCGCACUCGAGGGCGACGCCAUGGCCGACGACGACGACGACGCGGAGGCCAGCGGCGACUACAUUUCCUUGCUGACGGACGAGCAGAAGCGCAAGAAGCGGGAAAAGGAAAGGACGCGGCUUGUGCGCGAGGACGAGGAUCUGGGCGAAGGCUUUGACGAGUUUGUCGAGGAGAAGGAAGCCCUCUCCAUUGGCCGCAAGGCCCAGCGGGCGGCACGGCGCAAGCGCAAAGAAGACAUGGCGGCGCUGAUUAACGCGGCCGAGGUAGGCGGUGACGGCGACGGCGACGGCGACGGCCAGGCAGCCAACGAUGCGGCCGACGACUCGGACGUCGAGCGGCGGCUCGCCUACGACGCUGCGCAGACACGCGCCGGCAUGGACGGCCUGCCGAAAACCAGGAUGCGCACCGAGGACGACGGCCUCGAGCACGGCGUCCAGGGCACCGUACCCAUCCCGCGGAUGCGGCCCCUGCCCGACCUGGCGACGUGCCUCGAGCAGAUGCAGAGUGCCGUGGCGGCCCUCGAGGUGGACGCGGCCGAGCACCGGCGACGCCUGGCCGAGGUGGAGCAGGAAAAGGCCGAGAUUGCAGCGCGCGAGACAGAGGUACAGGCGAUCCUCGACGCGGCAGCGGCCAAGUACCAGACGGUGCUGGGCGGGGGCGCCGCGCCAGGGACGGCUGGUGUGGCGUCUUCGACUCCAGGUGCAGCAGGCAUGGCUCUGGACAUGACACAAUCGCCGCUGCGGGCCCUGCCACCCGGCCUUGCGGGUGAUUUCCCCGUACAGCGCGGCCUGGAGAGUUUAGGAACGACACCCACACGGCGGCCGAAUCCUGACGACGUGUUUUGA